ACUUGCUUGUAUACUAUUUAUUAUUUAUUUUUAGUACUUAUUAAGCUAUUUAUUUUUUAUUUAUUCCUCAUUUGUCUUCUUUCAAGGGUCCCUUUACCUUUUUUCCAAAUGUUUUUUUUUCCACACACACCUUUCUCUUGCCUGUCCUCUUUUCUCCUAAUCAUUCCACUUCCUUUCUCGCUGUCAUUUUAUCUCAUUGACUCCAACCCACUUUUAUCCUUUAAUAAUCAAGUCAGAGAAGGGCAUCUCUACACAGAAAACCACAGAAGAGGCAUGUAUUUGCAGAUGACCCUGGAUGGCAGAGUGUCAGGAAGUGAUGUUCAGACUCCUUACAGUGUGCUGCAGCUGAAAUCAGUCAAACCAGGCCAUAUAGUCAUCAAGGGAGAGUCAUCAUCCCGGUUUCUCUGUGUGGACAGUGGAGGCCGUUUGAGGGGGCAGAGACUGUACACAGAGGCUGACUGCACCUUCCGAGAGCUGCUGCUGGCAGACGGAUACACCCGUUUCCUCUCCUCGCACCAUGGAUUUCCUGUGUCUCUGGCAUCAAAACAUUCCCCAGAUCGACACGCGGUCCCCUUCACUCGAUUCCUGCCACUUGGGAAUACUCUGAGCGGGGAUAGUGUGUCAGACCAACCACCAAACAAUCAGAGACAUUUCAACAUGGAGUCUGAUGACCUUCUUGGAAUGGGCCUAAAUUCUAUGGUCAGUCCUCAGUUCUCAAUGGAGAAGUAAAGAAAAUGAACUCUCUGAUCGUUAACUGUAUAUGCACCUUCUAAAAAUUUAUUUUUCAUUUUCAGUUCUCAGCAUGUUUUCAUUAGGACAAUAUUAUUGUAACUUAUUUAUUUAUUAUGUAUUUAUUGGUGUAUUUCUAGUGGUUAUUUAAAGACAUUCAACUACAGGUUCUGUGAUUUUAGUAGUUUUAGAGCAUAUUUGUGUCUGAGGAAGAAAUGUUCCAUGUUGCAACAUCUUGUUGAUAUGUUUUGGUACAUGAGGCAUUUGGAGUUUCUCUGAAUCGGAAAUCUGGAAAGUCCAGUAAGCUCAUGUUUGUACUACUCAAGUGUUUAUCAGACUGUAGAGGACUUUGGAAUGAAAAUAAACAUGACAUAAAUUUCA